CUUCCAAGAUUUGAUCACCCCUGCAGAAGCGAUGGAAGUCUUAGGUUUCUCGUCGUCGGCGAUUGGGGGCGAAAGGGUCAUUUCAACCAGUCUCGCGUCGCCUUUCAGAUGGGAAGAAUUGGGCAGAAAUUGGGGAUAGAUUUUGUGGUAUCGACAGGUGACAAUUUCUAUGAAAAUGGACUUAAAGGAGUUACUGAUCCAUCUUUCUUGCAAUCUUUUUCCAACAUUUACACUGCCAAAAGCCUCCAAAAGCAAUGGUUCAGUGUAUUGGGAAAUCAUGACUAUAGAGGUGAUACAUUGGCUCAACUCAGCCCUCUCCUCAGAAAAAUUGACACCAGAUGGCUUUGUUUGAGGUCCUUUGUGGUCAACGCAGAAAUUGUCGAAAUAUUCUUCGUGGACACUACACCCUUUGUCGAAGAUUAUUUUAGGGACCCUGAAGGGCAUACUUAUGAUUGGCGAGGCGUGGAGCCUAAUAGAAAACGUUACAUUUCAAAUAUGUUAAGUGAUAUUGAAUCCGAGAUGAAGGAAUCCCGAGCAAAAUGGAAAAUCGUAGUCGGCCAUCACUCUAUAAGGAGCGUAGGUCACCACGGUGAUACUCGUGGCCUCGUUCGAAAACUUCUUCCCCUUUUACAGGCAUACAACGUUGAUCUUUAUAUUAACGGGCACGAUCACUGUUUAGAGCACAUAAGUGACAGCAAGAGUACGAUCCAAUUUCUUACAAGCGGGGGAGGGUCGAAGGCAUGGAGGGGUGACAUUAAACGCAUAGACAAAGAUGACGUGAAAUUUUUCUACGACGGACAAGGAUUCAUGUCGGCGCAAUUCACACAAGGGCACGUCGAGAUUGCAUUCUACGACAUAUAUGGCAAAGUAUUACAUAAAUGGGUUCGAUCUAAACAAUUUCAUUCCGACAUAUAA